AUGCUCGAGUCUAUAAAUAAGGAAAACAAAGUUAACAGCGUCCAGCCUAAAUACAAGGGCAUUUUCUAUCCUGCGCCGUACAUCCUCACGGGUGCUGGCAACCCCUAUGGCGAGUCCUGGAUCGCAAAGACGACAAAAGCCCCGACCAAUCGGGAAUUGCCAUGGACCAAACUUGAAGACGCUGCAGCUGCAAAACGGAAAUACCCGGUGCUAAGCGGGAAGCUCGCGACUCCAAAGUUCUCAGGCUACUGCAAUGAAGAUGCCGGUUGGGCAGAUGCCAGCAAGACUGUCAGCCAGCUCCGAGAUGACUGUCUUGAGCUGGGACAUUUCCUUCACUGCACGAUCAGAGGGGUCAAGACCCUCAGUGGAUCCAUGAUCCAAGGUGAUCAUUUCAUCGUCACGGCUGGUGCUUGGAUGACAGGUCUUGUCCCCAUGUAUAAUUCCACACUCGUGACAGCUCAAGUCGAGAGUGCCGGCGACAGGUCAUAUAUUCCUUCGCCUCCUCGGAUUCCUCCACGCGAGCGUGCAAACUUCGCCCCUCCCGAUGGAGAACAACGGCUGCGACAAGGUCUGGUCGAGAUGUUUCCUGAACUUGGAGACCGGCCAUUCGAACGGUUGGCCCUGUGCUGGUACACCGAUACGCCAUCGGGUGACUUCAUCAUGGACUACCAUCCGGACUACCGGAGUCUGUUUGUUGGUGGAGCGGGUAGCGGACACGCAUUCAAGUUUCUACCCGUCCUCGGCGAGUACAUGUCCCAGGCCAUCAAGAAGACGCUGCCGUGCCAUCUUGCGAAGAAGUGGCGGUUCCGGAAGGACUAUGGGAGCCGCGGAGGGCCUGCGCGACGGGAGCUGCAACCCCUGAAAAGAGCAAGCUUUGAGAAUCUCAGUUGUACAUUACUUUUACUGAGCACCGCCAGGUAG